CGUUGUGACGCUCAAGCUAAGACACUAUGUGCUAGCUAAGUGGCUAGUUGUGUUGCGGUCUGCUUUUUGUUGUUCUGCGGGGACACUGACUAGAACAAUCAGUAAACUUAGUUAUAAAAGCCGUUGAUAUUCUCCAGAGCAUCUGCGUGUCUGUGUCGAGCCGUAUCAAUGGCUCUACAAGGCUCAGAGGAGCUGGGGGAGCAGGUCGAGGAGCCUGAGGAUCUUGACGAUCAGGACGCUAAUAGCAUCUCUCCGGCCGAGGAAAUAACUCUGCCUCCCGGGCCUGGGGGCGACGAGGAGCCGGAUGAGGCUCUCCUACUGCCGUGGGAUCGCUUCUCCGCCUGGCUGCACUGCAUCUGUGUGGUCGGCUUUGACCUGGAGCUUGGUCAGGCGGUGGAGGUUAUUUAUCCUCAUCAUUCCAAACUAUCAGAGAAAGAGAAAACAAGCAUCUGCUAUCUGUCUUUUCCUGACUCCAACUCAGGUUGCCUUGGCGACACACAGUUCUGCUUCCGCUUUCGCCAAGGAUCCACCAGGAAGUCGUCUAUGGGCUGUUUCCUGGAAAACACAGAUCGAGAUGCACCGCCCUGUUUGAAGCGGGAACAAGGCCACUACUACGGUUAUGUUUAUUUCCGCCAAGUGCGGGACAAAUCUUUGAAGAGAGGAUACUUCCAGAAGUCGCUGGUCCUGAUCAGUAAGCUGCCCUAUGUGACCUUCUUCCACUCACUGUUGAAGAUCAUGGCUCCAGAAUACUUUGAAAAACAGGAGCCCUGUCUGGAGGCGGCUUGCAAUGAUAUAGACCGCUGGCCAACACCUCAUCCUGGGCGUAUUCUCACCCUCCCUAUAAUGGGCGUUGUCAUCAAGGUUCGCAUCCCAACCUGUUACGACAAACCAGGAACCUCACAGUUGGUCCAGUCUGCUCAGAGUGACAGUCAGGUGUCCAUCGUGCUCCCAACGAUCCAUGAAGUUGACCUCUUCAGGUGUUUCUACCCAGUCUUUUUCCACAUCCAGAUGCUUUGGGAGUUGGUGUUGCUUGGGGAAGCGCUUGUUGUCAUGGCACCAUCACCUGCAGAGUCAUCGGAUACUGUGUUGGCAUUGGUCAGCUGUAUUUCUCCCCUGCGCUACUGCAGCGACUUCAGGCCAUAUUUCACCAUCCAUGAUAGUGAGUUUAAGGAGUAUACAACCAGGACACAGGCCCCGCCAUCAGUCAUUCUGGGAGUCACAAAUCCUUUCUUUGCAAAAACUCUGCAGCAUUGGCCACACAUCAUCCGCAUCGGAGACAUGAAGCAAGCAGGAGAGAUGGCCAAACAGAUGAAGGUCAAAAAACUAAAAAACCUCAAAACUCUGGACUCUAAACCUGGUGUGUAUACUGCAUAUAAGCCAUAUCUCAAUAAAGAUGAAGAAAUUAUCAAGCAGCUUCAAAAGGGAGUUCAGCAGAAGAGACCUUCAGCAGCCCAAAAUGCAAUUCUUAGACGAUACUUUUUAGAACUGACUCAAAGCUUCAUUAUUCCACUGGAGCGGUAUGUGGCCAGUCUGAUGCCUCUCCAGAAGUCCAUCAGUCCCUGGAAGAGUCCUCCUCAGCUACGGCCCUUUAUCCAGCAGGACUUCAUGAAGACACUAGAGAAAGCAGGACCACAGCUCACAUCCAGGCUGAAGGGAGACUGGAUUGGACUCUACAGGCAUUUCCUCAAGUCUCCAAACUUUGACGGCUGGUUCCGUAACAGGAGAAGAGAGAUGACGCAAAAACUGGAGGCUCUGCACCUCGAGGCACUGUGUGAGGAGGAUCUUCAGCAGAGAAUCCAGAAGCACACAGAGGUGGAGGCAGUGGAUCUGGUCCUAAAGCUAAAAGAUAAACUGAGCCAGGCGGAGAGGGAGCAGCUCCCGGUGCGCCCAGGGACCCUGGCCAAGCUGAGAGCCCACAUUGAGGCCGUCAUCCUGGCUUUACCAGAGGACCUGCAGGGCAUCCUUCACAAGCCCCCCACACCCUGACUGCAACGCUAUCCCCAGUAUGACCUUGUUAAAGCUUACUGGGGGAUUCAUGGUUCUUCAACCAGCUGCUGGUGGGACCUCCAGUAACUGAGACUGGAUCCCAGUUUUAGGUCUGCUGGGUCUGUCAUGGAGAGCACACAGAGCAAUUUUAAUGCACAAAAUGUACUUUCAGCUUCAGUGGCAUUCACGCCUCACCUCCACUGUGGCGGAUCUGUGGAAGUUGGACUAAACGCUGACGUCUUGGUGAUCCUGUAAUCUUGAAGCAACAAGCUGGAAUGAGCUGGACCUGCCAGACAGCCUUCUGACACAGCAUUAAUAAACUUGAGGUGUUUGAUCACAAGGACGUGACAACAAAAGGAUUGCUUGAUGCAUUUUGAUUCGUCAGAUGGUCACAUGGUGUGUUGCUAAAGGUCCGUCUGAGCCGGUGAUGGCCUGUGUGCUAAAAGAACAGGAACAUGACCACUGCUGACUUUUGACCCUCAGUAUUUUUACCUCGUAACAGCUUUGAUUUUGACUUUUUAACUUGACGCUGGGCUGCUGCAGUCUGAUGGAGGAAAACGAGUUUUCAUCCAUUUUUAAAAACUAAAUAGAAAGGAAAAAAGAAGAAAAAAAAGAAGUGCACUUCAUUGCUACCUGGACCAGAGUGCCCACCAUUUAAUCUCUCACACUCACACAAACAAACACACAAACACUUAUGCAAAAAACUGAACCGAGCAGAGCCAAGCAGUGCUUUAUUUUUAAAUUUUACUAAAAAAAAAAAAGAUAUUUAAAACAUCACAAACAGAGCAUUAAGCACCAGCAACCCUAUAAUAACUAGCUAUACAGCUCUGGUGUUGUCGCUGUGCAAUAUUGCUCAGGAGUCAGUCUUUUUUGUUUUCAUGUCACAUGAUCUCCCUGUAGCCUAUCACAAGAGCCUGAGGAGAUAUUUAAAGUUGUCCUGAAAUGCACAGAAGUUCAGACAUGGGAUGCAGUUAUACUUGUGUUCAUAGAAAACUCUUUUUUUUCCUGUGUCAGUAAUGUGUCUGAAAACCUGUUUUUAUUUCAACUGAUAGAUUUGAGCUCCUCUGAGGGUUGAUGAAAAUAUUCUUCCUGCUGGAAGCCCACGUGCAUCGGAAAAAAAAAGAGAAGUUAAAUGAAAUAUAGUGCUUAACAAAUUUUUAUGACAACCUGUCUUUCCUUGUUUUUCUCAGAGACCAUCCAGUAUCAUGAAGAGCUUUAACGUAAACUCUUUUCACCUUUAUUGAACAGAAAUGAGAAAUUUCAAACUGAAUUUACUUUUUUUAAACCAAAAUUUGAGUCAGAUUAAUCACGCAUAGCAUCCAUCCACUAAAACAAUGUUUUUCUGGUCAUGAAUGCAGGUAAUUAUACCAUGGUCUGGGUGAAUACUCUGAUUGGCUGUGUUAUAGGACACCUAUAAAAAAAAGUUCCGGUCAAAUUUGAAAUAAUAAUGUGUUUUACUAUUUUUUCAUUUUUAAUUCAAUCUUUAUAUUAAAAAUAUUUUUGGUUAAGCAGCGUUUACAUACGGAUGUGUAAACCAUGACAGAAACACAUAAAUAAUUUUGCUCUUUUAUUUUAAGGGCAGCUGUGGCAUAAACAGCAUUGGGUGGUGGUCUAAUAAAUUUGUCAAGCACUUUUAUAGAAACAGGGCAAAUAAAAUAACAUUAAUUAACUCAGACUUGGGCCGCGUUCACACUGCAGGUCUUCUGACUUUUUUCAUUUUUUUGUAUGGUUCACAUUGUAAUUUAUCAUAUUCUAUUGUAAACAAUCUACAACCCUUAAGUGACCCACAUGCGCAGAAGGAGAUGUUAAAUCACACGUAGCACACUGUGUUUAUGGAGGUAAAUAUGGAGGCUGCACAUGUCCACAGUGUGUGUGUGUGUAUCAGUUUAAGUUUUUGUGCAAUCUGAACCAACAAAAUGAUGACAUAAUAUUAUUUUGUCCAUUGUCUACAUUGAUCUGCCACCUCCUCUGGCUCAGAAUUGUGACAUUUGUUUAAGUUGGAUGAAAUACACCAGGACAGUUAAGAGGUUGCUUUGAAAAACGUGUGAACUGUAGUUGAUUCAGUUCCACAUAUGAAAGUGGCCUAAGUCUGGUUUUUGAUGUUUAGACUCAUUUAAAAAUCAUAUUUUGGCUUAAUAAUGAUAUCUAACUGUACUCUCCUAACAUGCUGACUGACUUUACUUAAACUAACCUUAAAAAAGACUUUUUUAUUAUGAUGCUAUGAGGCUAACGACAUGGACCACAUGUGGGUAAAAAAGUCAGAUUUGGGCCACUUUUGCCUGCUUUGUGAUCGUAUCCUGAGCGUUCAUGACGUAUAUUGAGAUUGAAAUUUUCAAAAGGUUUGGGUUAAAGUUAUGUUUAGAAAUGUUAAUUUUAAAGAACUUUUUCAUUUUUAAUUUCAUCUGCUCUUUUUUCCCUCCUUGUGCUCAUGGGCUUUUGUAGGGAAACCUUAUGAAAGUUGAGCUUAAUGCAAUAAUCCUUUCAUUUCGACUGGUCGGCAAUGGAAGGCGAGGAGACGCAUUUCAAUGAAAAAAUCCAGCACAUCCACAAUGUUAAAAAUUCUCAAACUUAGUUAAAUGCUCUCUUAAGUCAUGUGUUUUAAAAAGGAUCAUUUAUUGUGAGUGGGUUGUCGACUUGUAGAAGCAGAAGCAUCAAACUCAUUCACUGGCACCAGCAGUAGAAACUACUAAAAUAGAAAUAAUGUUAGCAGAUGAACACACUAAAAUGAUGGCUGAUUUGUACUUAAGACUCAUUUAAUUUUGUAAAUGAUGUAAAACUGACACAUUCUGGGUGUUACAGGUGAUGUGACUGGAUGGUUGAUUAAUUCUAGUUAAAAAAGGAACUGUAACAAAACGUGUUAUAUGUAAUAACGAAUGUAAAAGCAAACAUACUGAUGGCCUCAGUUCAACACAGACUGAAGAUGACAAUAUUCUGUUGCCUAGUAACAGUUUUUAAAUGAGCCUUAAAGUCUCUAAGAGGCUAAUGUUCAGCAUCCUUUUCUUCUAUUCUUUACCACGAUGUUGAUUUGACAGUAAUUAUGGUGGCAAAAACCUGCUGCUGUGGUCACAGUUUGUUUAAUUUCAACUCAAGCAAAAUGUGACAGUAAAAUGUUUUAGUUUUGGCCGAAAGACAUGCUGACGACAUAUUUGUAGAAAAUAAAUGUUUCUACCAAACGUGGAACCCAGUUUCUUCCAGAAAAAAUAUCUUCAGCAAUAACUGUUAAAAAGUCUAUCUAUUAACUUAAUUUGGGUUAUUUGUUUAUUUGACUCAGUAAGGCACCCUUUCUUUUUUUUUUCUUCAUCUUCUUUUUCUCUUAUUUUAUUUUCAUUAUUAUUUGACUUGGACUGUGUUUUAACUUCCUCAUUACGGUGCGUUUUAUUGAAGGAGUAUUUGUUGACAGUUUCCCAUCUUCAUAAAAGUUCUGGGACAUGGUUUGCUCAGAUUGCCACAGAAAUUAAAUCCAACUUUUUUUUAUGAUUUAUUUCGUAUUUUAAUAGUGAUGAUUUUGAUCUGAGUAGGUUUACCUCUUUAGAGGUCCAUAACACUCUAUAACUAUUGCGGCAUAUAGAGCAUGUAGCUAAUAGCUAGUUAACACUAACACACCAGGGUGAAAAAGAAAUACCUGAUUGGCAACUUCAUUCUUAAAAUUAUCAUUUUUUUUCUUCUUGGUCUGACCACUGAUGACUAAUGCUGCUCAUUAUUUAUUAACUCUGGCUUCACGGCUUUAGAGGGUCAGAUGAAGUUUUACUGAUGUUAUGAGUUUAUUUUGUCUUCUAAUGAAAUGUGGCAUUCAGUGACAAAUGGUAAAAUAGGAAUUUUCAGCUUCCAAGUUUUUGGGUUUUCAUGACUUAAGACCCAUAUAUUCUCUAGCAGGUGAGGUGUUUUUGUUUUGUUUUGUUUUCCCAAAAAUAUUCCCCUUUAGUAUUUUGAUGGGAAAAAAAAAUGGAAUUUUUUUCCAAUUUUAUAAGAGAUGCUGAAGCUUCGUUUUUUCCACAGUACACUAAGUCAUUAAAUGAAAAAUAUAUUUUGAUCAUUUAGGAAAAAAAGUUCAUUUUAAAGCUUAAGCAAAUCUUGAAGAAAUCAGGGUAUCAUAAAGAUUUUAUUUAAUUUUUCCAACAGAAAUGUGGUUUUCCGUAAUGUAAUGUAAUGUAUUUUUGUUAUUAUGACCAGCAGUUAACCCAUCAUUACUGAUUUAAAUACCUGUUAAAGAAACCGUAAAACUCUGAAAGCUAACUGAAAAUAUGUAUUGUUUUAACUAAGAAAAUAGCACAUUUUAGAAAUGAAUCAGACCUGGUGCCUUACAGAAUAGUGAGCAGAACCAAAGACCAGACUGGUUCUUUGAGAAAUGUGAAGAACAGUUUGUGCUUUUUGUUUAAAGCUAGAAAAUAUUAAAUCCUCUACAGAGCCACAUCUGUGUGAACAAUAUUAUCAGAGUUCAGGGCUCGAAGCCUAGUGUAAAAAAUCUACAAAUAAGAUGUGUAAUAUUAUUAAAGAAAUGUUAAUUAAAUGUUUAGACCAUCAAAGUGAAGACUUAAAGAAACAAAGGGAUGUAGAGCACUGCCGAAUCUGUCCAGACAUCACACUGCUUCAUGUUAAAGCCUGUUAACAACAACCUGUGUAUGAUUGUUUUUUAAUGUUUAUGUGUUAAGUGAAGUUUUGUUGUCUUCAUCACUUGGGCUGUAAGAUUUAACCCUCUCAACAAAUAUAACUGAAUAAUUUUAAAAAGGACAACUUUGGUCAUUUAUUAAGAGCUUUAUAAAAACAGAGAUAAUGUUAACUUUUAAAUUCAAAAGCAAACAAAACUUUACAUUUGGCCUGAAAUAUUAGAAUGAUUUAAAAUAUCUUCAGGCUUGUUAAAACUGAAUUCAUCAACGUUCCUGGACACCUAAUGUCAAGAAAUAAAUGUUUAACAGGUCAACUUGUGUAUUUUUGGAUUUCCAGAGAGUAAAUCAUUGAUUUUUUAUUAUUUUCUGCACUUGCAGUCAUUUGAUGUUUGUUUUAAAAAUGUUUUGUUGACUUCAAGUAAAAUGUUUUACGAAUGCUUAGAUUUUUUUCUUUUUUUUAAGCAGAUAAAUGUAAAAACUAUAUAUAUUACUGGUUGGAAAACCCUGUGACUCCUGGUUGUUGGGCAACCAUUUAAGUUUUAUAUUUGUUUUAAAACUAAUUUUAUGGAGUACAAUAUCUAACAAAUUAGAAGUUUUGUACAUAAAUAUGUAAAGUGGAAGUAUUUUGCUUUUUAAACAGAUGUCUUGCUAAAUACAGAGAUAUUAAUAAGAAUUACUCCGUGUAAUUUACUUUGCUUAGAACAACUAGAGUGCUGUUGAGGCACAUUUUGAGUUUUAUAUUUAUUUUUUUUCCCCUAAAACACAUGACAGGAAUGUAAAUUCUUCAUUUUGAUCAUGGAAAUAUUUCACCAGCAUUGUUGCUUUGUCUAGUUUACUGGUGUAAUGGAUUGGUAUUGGUGUCAACUGGAUAUGUAUGCAAACCUGUAAAGGUGGUAUUAAAACAUAAUGAAGAGA